CUGGGGCCCAGGGAAGGAGCGCCAGGUGGCCCAGGUUUGGGCACCAUGAGUUGCCGGAGGAUCUGCCGAGGUACCACGGGCCAGGCUCCCCACAUACCUUGGCCAAGCUACAGAAUGUCUGAUGGAAGGAUGACAGCUUGGAGUCCCUGUGUCAUUCUGGGAGACUCCUCGAGCAGCAGGGGCUUGUAACUCUCAGUCAGCAAUAGCAGUACACGCCAGCUACCCAGCCCCAAGGCGGACUCAGGCGGAUUCUCUCUGGUCUGGAGUCCUCAGCAGUGUGGCCGGGGCCUCAGCAGCCCCUGCCUUGGGCUCUGCCAGAAUGGCUGUGGUCCCAGGGCUGGGUCUUUAGGAAGAAUCCAAGGACUCGUGGGUGACUGACUACAUGUGAGCUGACUCCCUGAACUGAGAAUCCUGCCAGAACAUUUGCAUCCAAGCCUGUGUGGACAUAUCGUUUCUCUUGGGAAAAUUCCUAGAGAGCAGCUGGAAGAACAGAACAUCUUUAUAAGCCUGUGCACCUAAGCCAUGGCCCGCAUCAUCGACCUGGUGCCCUGGGAGGAUGGCUCCGCCCACGUGUACGCGUCCCCAGCCAUCCUGUUCCCGAUGGAGCGGCAGAGAAACCAGUUGGCUGGAGUGAAGCAGCAGCUCUACCACCCCGCCCUGCCCAGCCUGCGCCGCAUGGACAUGGACUCCGUCAGGGCCUGCCUGCCUGAUGAGCACUGCCAGUCCACCACCUACUGCCGCAAAGAUGACUUUGACAACGCCUACUUCACACUCCUAGGGGUCCCCAAUAAACCCCUGCAGUGCUUGGACAUCACCGCGACCGGCCAGAGGCUCCGUGACAGGUGCCGCGAGGGAAAGCUGGUGCCCAUCGCUCCGGGCGUCCACCGGGUCGACUGGCCCUGCUUCACGCGCGCCAUCGAGGACUGGUCCCAUUUCGUGUCCUCUGCCGGCGAGUUCAAGCUGCCCUGUCCGAGCAAGAGGGGUCAGUCUAUCCCGCGCGGAGAAUGCCCAGGGGCGGGAGAGGUAGCUGAGCCGCCAGGACUGGAGUCUGGACCUGGAGCGCUGACUGCCGACGGAGGCCAUCACCGUCGAGAGCUUCAGCGGCUACGCGGUGCGGCACUUGAAGCCGGAGGUCACCCAGAACUGGCGGUACUGUCUCAACCAGAACCCCAGCCUGGAUCGCUACGGACAGAAGCCCCUGCCUUUCGAUUCCCUGUGAGUGAGGCACAGGCCCCGGACCCCUGUGAGAACUGGGAAAAAUUGGUUGGCUCCAAUACACCACAAGAAAAUCACAGUUUCAAAAUUAAUAAAUGUUUAAUUCCUACCAAAUGGAGCACCUGUCCUCCAGUCCCUGGCAAGUUAACCCUUUCGGGGUGGAGACGAAGGUGCAGUGUAAUCCUGGCGGCAUGGAGCCUCCCGGGGUGGGAGUGAGGUUUCGAGAGAGUGAGGUUCCCCAAGAAGGGAAUGCGCCUCCCCACCUCGGGUUCACCUUCCUCC